CUUAUUGCUGUUCUUAAAAAUAUAUCGACACCUGCUUUCCUUCCUCUUCGUAAGGUCUCGAGAACACAACGUAAAACCUUUCAGUCACCGCCGUUACUGUGUUCUAUCGACAGAAUGAAUCAACAGGUGCAGAAGAACACUCUCUACGUCGGUGGAUUGGCGGAGGAGGCCAAUGAAACCAUAUUGCAUUCAGCGUUUAUACCGUUCGGAGACAUUAAAGAUGUGAAGACGCCGUUGGAUCAGGCGACGCAGAAGCACCGAUCGUUUGGGUUUGUGACUUUUCUCGAAAGAGAGGAUGCCGCCGCCGCGAUGGAUAACAUGGACGGAGCCGAGCUUUAUGGUCGUGUGCUCACCGUCAAUUAUGCCCUACCGGAAAAAAUUAAGGGUGGUGAACAAGGCUGGGCUGCUCAACCUAUUUGGGCGGAUGCGGACACAUGGUUUGAACGACAGCAACAAGAAGAAGAAAUGCAGCGCAUUCAAGCAGAAAACCGAGCAUCAAUGCAGGCUGCAGAGGAAUUACAUAGAAAAAAACUGGCAGAUGAACGUGAAGGCGAGAAGGAUGAAGCCGACACGAAAGAUGACCCCAUGGCUAUGGCUGAAGCAGAAGCAGUGAAGCAGAAUGAUAGUUAGUUAGUUAGCCUUAGUAUUGUUAUUGGUUUCCUCUGUGUUGUAUCCCCCUACUACAUUGCAGUAGUCUCAUGUUAAUGUUACCUUUUAGGCUCUUGAGGUGCUUUCUUAUUCACAAA